AUGAACGUGGCCCAGUCCUCAACUCAGCAAUUCAACUACUCCUUGCAGAAGUGGCUUGACACGGAACUGCAUUCCAACACCAACUCCGGUACCUCUGGCAAACUGAAUUCCGAGGACAGCGAAGAGCAGCGUUCUGCGAGUUCGCCCACUACUACAAGUUCGUCGAUGGAAGUACCGAAUCCCAGCAGCUAUUCCCCUCCUCCAUCAAACAAGGAAUCCCUCCUCAAAGUGCCUGAAAGUGGAACCAAGUCCUAUGCAAUGGAAGACCUUCUGCGAGGCGAUGCGGCAUCUAUGACAGAGGUCAUUAGGCAACAGAAGCGAAAACAACCGACACCAGUGCACAAAAUUGUGUUGGAAGACACGAUGGAGAUGAAGAGCAAGAAAAGGCCUAACGAGGAAUUUCUAGCCGAACUAAGUCGAACUGCUACAGAUGCACUCACGCGGGCUCUGAGUAAAAAAGCAAAGAUAGCUGAGAGCGGACUUGAAGAUGAGUUGAAGGGUUUGGUCCGAGAGGCCUUAGAGACAAGUUUGAAUUAUGUAAGUGGCAGUCAUUCGUCGUUGGAGUUUGACAAUAAUGAUAGCCGGCAACAACAACAACGACGACAGAAACCGAACGCUGAGCAAAUGACAGAGAAAAAUUUGGAGAAAGGAUCCGCCAAAGCACCACAACAAAUCACGGGCCCUUUAAAAUUAUCCUCCUACAUACCCUCACCGACAGAGAUAAUGGAAGCCUUCAACACUAAUAGUCCGGAAGGAUUCAGUCAGUCAUUUUCAACUUAUUAUGAGGCAUUGUGUCGAAUGCUCCAAUCCCAAGGUAGCAUGCAUCCAUGUACGUUCCCUACUCCAUUCAGGCCUCACAAAUUUUCGGAAUCGAAUUUGCCUUCAAAAAUAGAUAUUUCCAAGGUGGAACCAUGCAUGGACUUCCAGAAGGUGACAUCAACCCCUCUCUCGAUCCCGGAGCAAUUCAAUCAGACAGAGGCGCUGGCCUUAGUUGUGAACCGUAACCGCGGCAACAGCCUAUCCCCAGCUUAUGAACAUCAACACGAAAAUAUGCAACCCUAUGAAAAUUCAAUGAUAUCUUGUAUGCCCCGCAAGAAACGAACGAAGGUUACUGACACUCGGCUAAUUCCACCAAAACUGCCUCCGCAACUACCACUCACAUCCAUGGAUGGUGGAAAUCCCUUCCUAAUACCGGAACUUUCACGUUCUAAAAUUGGAGGAACUCUACCCCACAUGGCAUCUCCACCAUCCCUGCCAACCAGUAUUGAUCCUGCCUUCAUGAACGAUAUUUUGAAGACACUUUCCGUGGCAAACGGUCACAACCAUCCUUCCUGUUCCAUUCCUUCCACUCGAAGCUCCAUCUCACUGCCAGGCGGUAGAAUAUCACAGAUGGAUUUGAUAGGAAAUCUACUUCCCCCUCCUCCACCACCACCGCCUCCACCACUACCGUCACAUCAUCAUCUCCAUCACCAUCCCAACGACUUCUGCUACGAUAUGCCGAAUACGGCCGCGAUGACGGAAUCCAAUCCAAUUCGAAGGAACAGGUCCAUAGGGGGCAAGCGCGUGACGAACACAUCGUCGGCGUCGAAUUAUGGAUGUGAUGGAAGAUCCUUCCUGUCCUCAGGUUCUACUUCAGACGAGGCAACCUCUGCGCUCCAUCCUGGUCCUCUAAGUGGCAUUAUUCCCAAAGAAGGUGGGGCUGCAUACACGAGUCGUAGUCAUGGAAGUAGUAGUAGCAGCAUUGUAAGGAUAACUCCACACCCCUCGUCUCCUUUAGAAAGUGGUAGUAAUGGUUCUGCUGGUAGCGAUGGUGGUGAGGAGGGCAGCGCUUCCUUGAAGGAAGGCACAACUACUACAAGUACUCUCACUCCAAUUCACCUAAGAAAAGCCAAGCUCAUGUUCUUCUUCACUCGAUAUCCCAACUCCAACCUCCUGAAAGCCUACUUCUGCGACGUCAAGUUCCAAAAGAACAACACUGCUCAGUUAGUAAAGUGGUUCAGCAACUUUCGCGAGUUCUACUACAUACAAAUGGAGAAAUACGCUCGUGUGGCGAUAUCAGAGGGUAUUCGCAGUCCUAACGAACUCACGGUUACAGUCAACUCCGAGCUCUAUCGCACAUUGGCCCUGCAUUACAACCGCAAUCAGCAAAUCGAGAUUCCGGAAUACUUCCGUGUGGUGGUUGAGACAACAAUGCGCGAAUUCUUCGUGGCCCUCUCCACGGGGAAGGAUUCUGAGCAGUCCUGGAAGAAGCCAAUUUACAAGAUCAUAGCAAGAAUGGAUCAACCCGUGCCGGAUUACUUUAAGGACCCCAACUGGAUGGCUCAGUUGGCGGAUGGCUAA